UUGUCACUAGUUGGUUGAAUACAUGUUAUACGUGUGAACGUGUUCGAUAAAUGCAUUGAAAGUAUAGUUUAAAGGUCACACAUUGCAGGUAGCAUGGCAGGUCCUUUUCUCACGCCGAUGCAUGGUGAUUUGCUAACUGAGUAUAUGUUUGGGAGACGUCGACAAAGGCGCAAUCGAACAACUUUUACACCUCAGCAGUUGCAAGAGUUAGAACAGUUGUUUCAGAAAACACAUUAUCCGGAUGUAUUUCUUCGAGAAGAGAUUGCAUUGCGCAUAAGUUUAAGUGAAGCUCGUGUUCAGGUUUGGUUCCAGAAUCGUCGAGCUAAAUGGAGAAAACAUGCCCGUUUGCAAUUGCUGCAGGAUGCAUGGCGAAUGCGUUGCUUGGGAAUUGGAACUACACAAAUAACCAUUGAUUCUCAAACAGUUUCCGAUAAUAUACACAACGGAUCUUUGAAAUGUUCUUCGAGUUUAUCAUCUUCAUCAAAUCCUGUACCGUUAACUGUGAAAGAAUCCACGUUCACUCCGCAGAACGACAGAAAGUUAUGCGUUCCAGUAUGUUGCGAAACAGGCUCACUCAAAAUACCUGUUGAGAGUAGCAACUUGAUUUCAGGUUCUAAGCUUUUUCCCCGAAAGAAGGAGGUUAGUCGUCGUAAUUUAUAUGAUUUAAAAGAUCAAGACAAUAAUACUCUAACGACGCCACACGAAUCAGAGCGACGAAAAAUAUUUCAACCUUCAGUUAUGGGUAUAAAUUCUUCUGAUUCUAACUCAAGCUAUGUGUCUCUCCCAACGGAAGAGAUAGAUCUGGCUAAUAAUGUAGAGUGCAUAGACUAUUCAUGUACGAAUGACAAUAAACAUUAA